AUCGAGCAAUAAUUUCGAAAUAAACAAAAUUUUGGUUUUUCUGUCUUACUGAAUAUUUAACACCUAAAUAACAAAUAAUCUUAUGGCAGUAAAUGACAGAUGUUUCAGUCUAACUUGGGACUUCUAAAUAUCGUCACUAGAGAUCGAAUCCAUUAUCUUCAUUUUUUGAGAUUUCCAAUGGGUAAAGGACAAUCAAGUUAUGAUUUUGAAGUUCAACGCCGACGAAUUAUGAAAAUCUAUGAACGUGAUGUUAUUGAAUUAGAGAAAGCAGCUAAAACUUGUGGAUCAAAUAUUGAUCAUCUUCGUAGAACAAUUCAAGAAUGGCUUAAACAAUUAUAUGUUUGCACUCCAUCAAUUCUACUUCGAAUACGAAAAGAUCAAACAAGUUUAGAAUCUGAUGAAAACUCCAAACAAAAUUGUAUAUCCAUUUUACGACAAGGUAGUAUUCAACAUCAAAUUGAAAAUAAAACAGAAUUAGACCGAAGUAAAGUUGAUCAACUGUUGAACAUUGAUCAGAAACUUAUCAACAACAUUCGAAGAGAACUUUCAAAAAUGUCUGUUGUCGAGAAAAGUUUAAAUGUUAAAAUAUCAAAAUUUUUAAAUGAAAUUCAACAGUUUCAACAGUCUAUGAAUUGUGUUUUAAUCGAUGCAUCAUCAUCCGAGGAAAUACAUCAGUCACGUGUAAUAACACCGAAGAAAUGGCGUGAAUUUAUACGAAGACAUUAUGCAUUGAAAGAGAUUGACUUUUCAUCACCUGAAACUCCAUAUGAUUAUAAGUAGAGAUGUUUGUCGUAGCACAGUUUUUUCCUUUACUCCGCUUACAUAUAUAUAUUCAGUUGUGCAGGUAUACAAAGAAUAUCGUUUUUAGAUUAUUGGAAAAUAUUUGAAUAUUUUGCAAUCAAUAACUGUACAAAUUGUACUUAUAUUUAUUACUUAUGUAUACUAACUUAACGAUUGGGUAUGCUUAUAAUUAUUUUAGUGAAUUCCGUUCAUUAUUAGAGACAUAAAACUACUAUUUCGUUUACUGCAGUGGUAUAAUCCCAAUUUUCUGUCACGAACAUUUACAAGGAAAACGUUUGAUAAGUCUUUUCAAUAUAUUUGAAAGUAACAAGGCGUGAAUACGUGGAUAUACUAAGAAUUUCAUGAAGAAAUUGUUAUUUCAUUGUCUACUGGUAUACAAACUUGUAGUAUGAGGC